UCAUUCCUCAAAUGUCGCGUUGCGCAUGAAUGACGAGUCCGUCCGCUGGAAAAUCUUAUUGAUCGAUUUCCAUUUUAUUUCGGUUUCGUCGUCGCCGAGGUCCGUUCGCCCACGGAUGCGACGGACGUAGCUAAUAUUGGUUUUAUUUUUCCGUGAAUAGUGAUAGUAAACCCAGCAAAAUGGGGUCGUUGUUUCGCAGUGAGGAAAUGACUUUGUGUCAACUUUUUCUUCAGAGUGAAGCAGCUUAUGCCUGCGUGUCGGAGCUCGGAGAAUUAGGCCUGGUGCAGUUUCGCGAUCUCAACCCAGAUGUCAACGCGUUCCAACGCAAGUUCGUCAACGAGGUGCGGCGCUGCGAUGAGAUGGAGCGGAAGCUGCGCUACCUGGAGAAGGAGAUCAGGAGAGACGGCAUCCCCAUGCUGGAGAUACCGGGCGAGGUGCCUGAGGCGCCCCAGCCGAGGGAGAUGAUUGACCUUGAGGCCACAUUCGAAAAGCUCGAAAAUGAACUGCGCGAAGUCAACCAGAACGCAGAAGCCCUGAAGAGGAAUUACCUCGAGCUGACCGAACUCAAACACAUAUUGAGGAAGACGCAAGUAUUCUUUGACGAGCACGAGGGUGGUGCCAGUACCACUGAGUCGAUGACGCGCGCCCUGAUAUCCGACGACCCCAACAAACAUAUGGGACAGGUCCAACUAGGUUUUCGGGAUAAACAAGAAUCCUUGGAAUUCCUGCCUUGUUUCGUUGCUGGUGUAAUUCUACGAGAGCGUAUCCCGGCCUUUGAGCGGAUGUUGUGGCGUGCUUGUCGGGGAAACGUUUUCCUGAGGCAGGCUGAAAUUGAUACACCUUUAGAAGAUCCGUCGUCGUCGGACCAGGUGUACAAAUCCGUGUUCAUCAUCUUCUUCCAAGGAGACCAGUUGAAGACCCGUGUGAAGAAAAUAUGCGAGGGUUUCAGAGCGACCCUCUACCCUUGUCCCGAGGCCCCCGCAGACAGGAGGGAGAUGGCCAUGGGCGUUAUGACCAGGAUCGAGGACUUGAACACGGUCCUCGGCCAAACCCAGGACCACCGUCACCGCGUGCUGGUGGCCGCCGCCAAGAACAUCAAGAACUGGUUCGUCAAAGUGCGCAAGAUCAAGGCCAUCUACCACACCCUUAAUCUUUUCAAUUUGGACGUGACCCAGAAGUGUUUGAUUGCUGAAUGCUGGGUGCCUGCGUUGGAUUUGGAGACCAUCCAGUUAGCUCUCAGGAGAGGCACGGAGAGAAGCGGUAGUUCCGUGCCGCCCAUCUUGAACCGUAUGGAGACCCUCGAGGACCCGCCCACGUACAACCGCACCAACAAGUUCACGUCCGCCUUCCAGAACCUCAUCUACGCGUACGGCGUCGCCACAUACCGGGAAGUGAAUCCUGCGCCGUACACGAUAAUAACGUUCCCGUUCCUGUUCGCGGUGAUGUUCGGCGACCUGGGCCACGGCGCCAUCAUGGCGGUGUUCGGCUUCUGGAUGUGCUACAAGGAGAAGCCGCUGCAGGCCAAGAAGAUCGACUCCGAGAUAUGGAACAUCUUCUUCGGCGGUCGCUACAUAGUUCUGCUCAUGGGACUAUUCUCCAUGUACACGGGUCUGAUAUACAACGACAUCUUCUCCAAGAGUCUGAACAUCUUCGGCUCGUCGUGGCGCCAGAACUACAACGAGUCCACUCUGACGACCGCCAAGAGUCUGCAGCUGAACCCCGACUCGAUGGAUUACUUGCAGCACCCUUACCCCUUCGGCAUUGAUCCUGUGUGGCAGUUGGCGGAAGCGAACAAGAUCAUCUUCAUGAACGCGUACAAGAUGAAGAUCUCCAUCAUAAUCGGCGUGUUCCACAUGCUGUUCGGUGUGUGCCUCUCUCUGUGGAACCAUCUGUACUUCAAGCGGCGCAUCAGCGUGUACGUGGAGUUCAUCCCUCAGAUCCUGUUCCUCCUGCUGCUGUUCUUCUACAUGGUGCUGCUCAUGUUCAUCAAGUGGACCAGCUACGGACCCUCGCCGCCCAACUUUGACGACGUGCGCACCAGCGGCUACUGCGCGCCGUCCAUCCUGAUCACGUUCAUCAACAUGAUGCUUUUCAAGACCGACCCCAACAUGCGCACCGACUGCGACGACACCAUGUUCGCCGGCCAGAUGGGCCUGCAGAAGUUCUUCGUGAUCGCCGCUUUGAUGUGCGUGCCGGUGAUGUUGUUCGGAAAGCCAUACUUCAUCAUGAAGGAGCAGAAGGCUCGCGCUAGCCAGGGGCACCAGAGCAUCGAGGCGUCGGCCGAGAACGGCACGGCGGGAGGCGCGCCCGUGCCCGCCUCCGCGCACCACGACGAGGACAUCACCGAAGUCUUCAUCCACCAGGCCAUCCACACGAUUGAAUACGUGCUGGGCAGCGUGUCGCACACGGCGUCGUACCUGCGCCUGUGGGCGCUGUCGCUGGCGCACGCGCAGCUCGCCGAGGUCGCGUGGAACAUGCUGCUCAGGAAAGGUAUCAGCACACUCAUCAUCAUCCACACGCUCAGCACGUGCCGGGCAGCGUGUCGCACACGGCGUCGUACCUGCGCCUGUGGGCGCUGUCGCUGGCGCACGCGCAGCUCGCCGAGGUCGCGUGGAACAUGCUGCUCAGGAAAGGCUUGCAGUCCCAGGGCUACGAGGGCGGCAUCUACCUGUACGUGGUGUUCGCGGGCUGGGCCGCCAUCUCCGUCUCCAUCCUGGUGCUGAUGGAGGGGCUCUCCGCCUUCCUUCACACACUCCGACUGCACUGGGUGGAGUUCCAGAGCAAGUUCUACGCAGGCGAAGGGUACCUCUUCCAGCCCUUCUCCUUCGAGCUGAUCCUAGACUCGGCCGGCCAGGGCGAGGAGUAGAGCACGCUCCGUGCGUCGUGAGCUUUAUGUCGCUGUCAGUAGAUUGUGCGCUUAGGGCUUCACGUAUUAGAGUCCUUUUUGCAUUGGCAAUUGGUCAAUUUAACUUGUGACUAUUUAUUGUAUUGUAUUGUUGUAUGUAGGUAUUGAGACGGAAGCGUACUUUUAAAAGCAUAGACUAGAAAUAAAGUUCAGCAUGGUAUUUGACGUGAGUUUGAAAUAGCUAGUGAUUGACAAUUAGUCAAUCAAUAUAAUAAGGUAAAAAUGUACGUAUUUUCAAUUAAUUUCUGACAUAACAAAAUUUUGAUGAAAGUAAAAUCCCUAAAUAAAUCAUUAUUUUUUGUAAAAUAAAUGAACUUUUGAAAUAUUUAAUUAUUGUACCGGGCUAUGUAAACAUGGACUAUGACGUCAGAAAUAUCUUUACAUUACACAUUCCACUAUAAUAAUUACUAUAAUGUAUGAUUUGUUGAAAGUUUCCAAACUGUAACUGCAAUAUUGAAAUAUGAUUUAAAUAUGGCUUUACCUUGUUUUACAAGCUAUUUGUAGACCCACCUUGAGUGUAAUUAAAAUAUGUUAUUUAAUUAAAUAUUAAAUACCCCCAUUGGUGGAGUUAACGAAUCAUAAAGCAUUCUACGAGGAAUUACACAAAAUAUUUGUGGACACACGAAUGUGUUAUUAAAAGUAUGCUUCCGGCUUUAUUUGAUAAGUACUAGUUUGGUAGGACCUACUAGUAUUUCAGAAUAGCUAAAUAUACCUAUUAUAAUGGUUCAUGUUAUUAGGGCUUUUACACACGGAGCGUUUAUUUUACCUAUUUAUGUAAAGAAUGUAAGACUAUAUUAACAAUAUUAAUUGUGUCUAUAAUAAGGUCACUUUUUUUAGUUGAUUUAUUUUAUAUCGAUGUCUUGAAUUACUUUAGUAAAUCAAGUUUUAGUAUCCAUUUUAAAGUGAUUAUUUAUAGAAUAAAUGCAAGAGUGACAUUGCAGAAGAAUGAAUUACAGAUUUAUUUACAUUGUAGAGUUAACAUCUUUUGAAAAUAUUCUGUUGUGAAGAAGUUAAGCGUAUGUAUAAGUUUUUUGUCUGAGUGGUGUUAUUGUUUUUUUAAUAAUUAGAAAAUUGAAGAAUUACUUCAAACAAAUACUAAUAGAAUAUAGAAUAUCCUAGUGCAUUCCAAUUUCAUUUCAGAAUAGAUAUCAUCUGGCUUAUAAAUAUGCAACAAUUGACUUACCUUUGUCUAAAAAAAUGUCACCAGUCUUUGUCUAAAACAAAACUUUAUUUUAUAUUAAAAUGCGUUUUUAUCGCGUCGUGUGUAUUAGCCCUUUUAUGUUCAAUAUAUUGAAAAUAAAAACUAUUAUAUAUCAUAUACAUAAAGCUUGUUAGACGUAUUAGAGAUUGUACUAUAAAUGAUUCGUAGUAGAUUUGUGUGAGGCAAAAUAAGUUAAUAAUGAAUGUCCUUUUUUUGUAUUUCUUUUUUAUAAUUCAAUUUUGUAAGUUCAAAUGUACUUAAAAAAAGCUGUUUUUGAAUUUCGUUUUGAAUCCCGAGGCUCUCUUUAUAUUUAAAAUAGUGGAACACUUUUAGAUAUUCUUUUCCCAUAGUGAUCGAUUAAUCAAAUAAAUGGAUAACUUGUUAAUAAAACGGUAUAAUUGUAGCCCGCGUGUAGAUGAAUUUGUAGCUUCUGGUUAAUAAAUAAAUGAUAUUCGUAGCACAAA